AUGCUCACCCUGGGCACCCUACUCGCCGCGUCGUACGCGCCGUCGCCGCGUUCAUCGCCCUGGUCUCCGGCCCGCCGUGUCCAGGAGCCGCUGCUCGCAGAGUUUGACGUCAACGCCGCGGUAACGCGCCUCAACGCGGCCGUCGAGCGGGAGGACUACGCCGCCGCCGGCAGAAUAAAGGCCGAGAUUGAGGCCGGGCGGGGAAGUUCCGGCGCGGCAGUCGCGCCACUCGUCUGGGAUGCGUCGGCUUUGCCCGCGUGGCUGUUGGCGCGGGUUGAGGACCUCGGCUUUCGGUUCCCGACGCCGGUCCAGGCCGGCGCGCUGGCGGCUCGUCGCUCCGCGAUUCGCGACACCGUCCUCAGCGCGCCCACCGGCUCGGGCAAGACUCUCGCCUUCUCCGUCCGCCUCGUGGUCGAGGUUGCGGAGCAGCUCGAGGAGCGCGCCUCGCUGGCGACCGCCGCGGUGAGCGCGCUGCUCGAGGAGGCGCCGGGUGGGCUCUCGCCCACAGAGGCGAUGGGCGCGCUCUCGCCGGCGCUGCUGCUGCCGGGCCGCGACGAGAGCGGCGACGCCACUCUGCCGGCGCGCGGGCCUCCCGCCGGCCUGGUCGUCGCUCCGACUGCCUCGCUCGCGGAGCAGGCUCGAGCCGCCCGGCUGCUGCACUCGCUCGUCGGCGGCUACUCUCGCGAGUCGCGCACAUACGACCCGGGCGCAAAGGACUCCCUCUUCAAGUUUGGAGGACCAAAGGCGGUCCGCGUCGCCGCCCUCUUCACCGCGGAGGAGGGCGCCGCCGCAGCGGCCGCCGCAGCCUCGGGCGCGGGCCCCCUCCGCGAUAGCGAGCUGCUCGUCGCGACGCCUGCCGCCGUCGCCGCCGCCGGCGAGUCGCUGGACCUCUCGGCGCUGCGCAUCGCGUGCGUCGACGAGGCGGACGCAGCCGUCGCGACCGCCGUCGAGUCUGGCCGCGUGGCUCCGCCCGUCCUGGUCGACGGCGGCGGAGAGGUUCGCUCGUGGGCGGAGGACGACCUCGCGCAGGCGCUCUGCCCCGCGGGGAUCGAGCACCGCUUCUGCGUCGCGCCGGAGAGCGGCGACCAAGCCCAGGCGGCGCCGCGCUCUCUGGCUGCGUAUCCAAGACACGCGCAGCUGCAGCUGCUCGCCCUCGCACGGCUACUGCGCAACGACCUGCGCGAGUGGGCGCGGCUCGGAGGCGCCGACCACCCUCGCCCACGCGCCGUCGUCUUCACAUCCGACGCCGCCGCGGCGGUGCGGGUGGGCGCGGCGCUGCGCGACAGUUUGUGGGGCGAGCAGGCGGUGGCGACGCGCGCUGGAGAGAAGGACGGCGAGGUUGGCGCCGCCGCCUUCAAGUCGAAGCGCGGCAACGCCGGCAAGGACGACUUUGAGUCGGUCGUGAGGGCUGGUGGGGCGUCUGUGCUGGUGGUGCCGCGAGCCGAGGGGCGGGGCUUGGACUUUCCUGACGUGACGCACGUCUACUGCUUCAACCUCGGCUUGGGCGAGGGUGACGCGAACGAGUACGCCCACCUCGCUGGCAGGACGGGGCGCGUGGGGCAGGCGGGGCAGGGGAUCGUCACCAGCGUGCUGAAUGCGGACCCGGACUGGCCCGUGGCUCUCAGCGCGUUGACCGCCAUUGUGUGCGUCGUCGCGCGCGACACCACCGGCCGGAGCCUCGAAGCGGUCGCCGUGCCGUCGCUCGAGGAGGACGAGGACGUGCGCAAGGGGCUGGACGACUUGCUCGCGCUGACCGAGGAGCGGGAACCGUCGGAAUAG